AAUAAUUAAAAUUAAUAAAAAAUUAUUGAAUAAGAAAGUAUCAACUAAUUCAAGUUAUAACAAAAGUCAACGACGUGUUACUCACUAUCUACAUUGCUCAACAAAUCUUUUUAAUAUAUCUUACAAGAUAAUUAUUCACAAAAGGAUCAUCUAUUCCAUUCUGAAACUUGUUCCUGAUGUAACCCAAAGCUAAACAACUAUCUCAACACUUGGAGUUGCAAUCGAUAAAAUCAAUGCCACUUUGAGAAACAAAUAGGCCAAUUGAAGUGUUCAGUCAAAUAGAAAAAAUAUUCACUAAUAACUAUUGUGUUAUAGAAUCGAAUCAAAUACACUACCAUUUUUCAUACUCAAACUACUAUCGGAAAUUGAUCAAUUUUUCUCCCAAAAUUUAGGGGUGUCCCACCCCUCCACCUGGAUCCGCCCUUGGGUUCAUUGUAGACAGUAACAAUACCUUACCAAUUACCACUCAAAUCCACAAUUCCAAUAUAAUUGAUUAACCACCGAGAAGAUGGGUAGUAGCAGAGUAGAUAAUGGCUAAAUUUGUGGCGUCUCACCAUAGCAAAGGAUCGAUCACCAUCUUAUGCCUACCGUCUCGUCUACUCAAAUAUUCUCCAACCGACUUCGAGGACAGUCUGGGUGUAACCGGAGUUUCUAGGCCGGAUUCGUCAACGAUCACCCACUGGUGUUCGUCGCGUCUCACCUUCGGGUGCUAGACAUCUCGCCCACUGAAGCUUGCUCCAUGUGUCGAGAACGAAAAGCUGGGUGACGUCGGAAGUUAAUGGGUCCCAAAUGCUUUAACCUUGCGGUAGCGGGUGAUUGAGGAAGACGAAAAGGUUCUACUGUCGAAGAUAAUAGUGAUCGACUUAGGACAGGUUUAGAUUUUAAUUAAUUGAGUUGGACAACGAAUUUAGGAGUAAAUUAGGGGUAUUCAAGUAAUUUUGUAGUCCGUUAAAAGGCUGAUUAACUGAAAAUUGGAUGGAAAAGUAUAUUUGUUACGUUUUAAUAUGAGAGGGGUAUGUUCUUGCAAAAAAAUUAAUAAAGGAGUACGUUUGUUAAUUUGUGAUAAUAGAGAUGUACAAAAUGCUAUUAACUCUUGUAUCGAACGACGGAUCAAAGACAAGGGUCGGGGUUUCUGGAAAAGCUAAUGGGUUAGGCCCAUAAAAUCCGAGAACUGCGCCCAAUCGUGAUGCCUCAAUGAGUUGGGCCAGUCACAAAAAGAGGCCCAAUCCAUAUACACAGAGGUUCGCUUCUUUGCCACGCGGGGGACAAGCGUCGAUGUUUAAUCAACCACCGGCCACCAGCUCACCACCCACUCUUCUCUUCUCUUGGGGCUUAUUUAGCACUUGCAAGGUCUCCGUCAGCCACGUGUCGCCAGCAAUGCUACGUGGCAGGAAGUGGGCGUUAUCUAGAGCAGAAAUCUGUCGAUCUGGACAAAGCUGCUGAUCUGAAACCCUGCCUUUUUGUUAAUAUUGUCGGUUUCCUCGACAUGAAAAUCUGCUUCGUUCGUUGGAGAGUCUGUAAUUGUACUAUUCAUCUCCUUUCUCUUUCCUCUUCAAUAUAAAGAUGAACCAGGCGAUCGUUAGGUCGUUUAGAAGCCAUCAUCAACUGCCCGCUGGUGUAGUAAUAUCUCCGACGUCGAACCAAGUAAGCAGGGAAGUUAGAGUUCCUUGGUCAACAGGUUUUGUUAGUUUGAGGAAGGGGAAGAAGGCCUUUUGUACCAACCCAGACAGUAAGCACGACAUGGACAAAGCUCAGGAGCCCAAGGACAAGAAAGGGGACGCGAUGUCGCAUUCGUUUGGAGAAGGGUAUGCAACGAGGAGCGACGAGGAGGGAUUUGGCGGGAUCUAUGGGGGGAACGACGACGACGAUGUCAAGCUGGACAAGAAGAUCCAUGAAGAUCACCCUGAUUAUGACAGGAGCCAGGGGAGUGAAGUGAAAGAGAAGGAGAAGGCGCGUAACCAAGCCACUGCCAACCAUUGAGAUCAGUUCAAAGAUGGUGCGUGCAGAAGUUCGAUUUCAAUAAGAAGGGACGCACGAGACCAAGUGGUCGCUGCGCCUCUGUAAUAAGUCUCUAGGUUUCAAUUUCAUCUUCACUUUCUGGGUGUUCUAUCAGUUAGGCGUCCGAUUAAUCUAUAGCGAAUGAGGCUGUGGUUGUCAGUGAUCAUAAUCAACUAUAUAUUUGAUUAUGAACAGACCAACUGAAGAGCAACUAUACAGGAAGAGUAGGGACUCUGAAGACUAGCUAGUAAAAUAGAAGUAUGAAAUCGUAAUUUUCCUCAUCUGUUUGUUAGGGCUUGCAGUUGCAAAAAACCUUUUCGGCUUUUCCCCUCCUGGUAGUAAACCCAGCUCGGGUAUGAAGGGGGGGAACUCCUCUGUAUCAUUCUCGUUUUUCCAAGCAAGUAAAGCGGAUCUAGAUGAAUAAAUCAUUUUAAGAGUUAUUUUUUUCCUUCGUGAAUCGAGUGUUUAGGCACGGACACGGUAUCAAAGCACAAGUAAGCUCGAUUUUGUUCUUCUGCUUAAUCUCUGUGCUCGAAAGCACAAUUCUUAAAAGAUUCUCAUCAUCGGCCUUAGUCGCACGACUCUCAUGGUCAUUACGGAAUUCCAAAUCUCUUUUUUGAGCUGUCAGAUCCAUCCAGUUUUUAGUUUUAGGUAAUCAAUUCGUUUCGUAGGGUGAGAAUCUCUUUUUUGAAAUGUCGGAUCCAUCCAGUUUUUAGUUUUAGGUAAUCGUAGGGUGAGAACGAGGGUGUGAGAGCGCUCAUUUGUGAAGAUUUGAAGAUUUCUAACAUUGAGAGUGUGACGAGAGCGUGAUAUUAUAUUAUUUAAAUUAAUUAAUUUAGUCAUUUUCUAUAGUAACUUUUUGAUAGAAUUUUCUAUAAUAACUAAGAACUCUAUUCAAAUAAGAAGAUUUCGAGUAAUACUCGCUUUGCUAAUUGAAGAUUUAAAAUGGUCUAAGACUAAUUAAAGAAGCGAAACUCUACUUUUCAAAAAAACUGGUAGUUAAGAAAAAUUGGAUUUGUGUUGGUAGUUCCUGGUAGUUAAGAAAAUUGGAUCUGUGUUAAUCUGUGUUAUUACUUGAACGUUGGAGUUUAUAAUGAGUACCAAAGUUAUUAGGGGUGUUCAAAUGAUUAUCGUGGUAAUAAUCAAAUUAAGUAAGUCUAAAUUUCUUUAACAGUGGAAUAAUAUGUCUUGAUCAAGUCGUUCAAAUUAACACGAAAAUCAAAUUAAUCAAACCAAAAUUAAAUUGAUUUGGUUAAUCGGAUAAUUGGAUUAACUAAGUAACAUUACAUGUAAGCAAUUAUCCUGUAAAUGAAUAAAAUAUAAUCAUAUGUUGUUACUAUCAUAAACUAUCAUUAUAUAUAUGCAUAAAGAUGGCUUUUUCCGGAUGAAAUGAAAAUUGGAUUCAUGGAAUAGGAGAAAGGUUUCCCAUUCAUUAGCCUAAAAGAUAUGUGGCCAUGAAAUAGGGAUUAAGUGGAACAGAAUUGAUUGAGGGGGAUGUCGAAGGCAGGGCUAGUGAAUGGAGUGAAGUCGUAACACUGGAAGGGGCGGCUGGAUCACCUCCUUUUCAGGGAGAGGUAAUGCUUGUUGGGUAUUUUGGUUUGACACUGCUUCACACCCAAAAAACGGAAGUCUUCUUUCGUUUCUCGACGGUGAAGUAAGACCAAGCUCAUGAGCUUAUUAUCCUAAGUUGGAACAAGUUGAUAGGAUCCCCCUUUUUAUGUCCCCAUGUCCCCCUCGCGUGGCGACAUGAAGACGUAAAAAGGAAAGAGAGAGAUGAGGUUUUCUCUCGCUUUUGGCAUAGCGGCCCCCCCAAAACUAACCACCCAUGAUUAUUAUAAGCAUUGGAGUUAAUACAUCAUUCAUCAUCUCUGCACCUAAUAUAGUAAGCUUACAACAGAUCUCUUAACAUAAAUACAUACCAAGUCGUGUCAUUGUAUCACACAAGUCGUGAUACGUGAUACGAUCGGGGUUUUCCAUGAUUUUACAGGGAUGGAGUUUUAUAAUGGAACCCAGGUCGUAUUUUUUAAUCACUAUAUAUGUGUUGGAAAAAAAUUCGUCGCCCCCCCCCCUAAUUAAAAAUCCUGGCUCCGUCCAUGAGAAGUAGGCCAUGUCGGACCUUUCACAUGGCCCGUAAAUAGUGAAGAAUCUCAACCCGGUGAUGGAUAAUCCGUAGAUGUGGUUGAUUUCUUCUCCGGCUUUCUUUGUCGCGACGUAGAAUCGCCGGCUGGUCGGUCCAGUUCGAUUCGGAGAAGGGGGAUUUCUCGUUCAAUCCGUUUACGAAGCUCCAUUCGUCCUGAAUACAUCCCCAACCGCAUUUCGGACCCUCAUUAUCUCCGCGUGUUCGACGAAGCCCAAACAAAGGCGGGUUGGGAGUUCGCCGAUUUGCCGAUCUCAAUGUCGCCGUCGAAGAGUCGGGUCUGGUUAGAGGGUAGGUUUGUUUAGAUGACAUGGGGGGUGUCAGUGACAUGGUGGGUCGGGUCGCACUAUUUUCGGGUGAAAUAUGGCUGAUUGAACGAUUCUGUCCGCCACGUCAUCACUUAACGAACUCCAUUAACGAAGAUGGACGACGACUAACGGAGAGUGACCAAACGUGAACGGUGUCAAUAAAUUGAAGUAACAAAAAUGAAUUUAAAUAUUUCGA